CUCUUUCUCUCUAAUCUAAUCUCUCUAUGCAUACCUUGUGCAGCUCCUACAAUGACACGACCUCUCCUCUCCGUCGCAGUCCUUCUUCUCCUCGUCCUUUCCGCCUAUGCCCACGGUGGUCAUCACCACGAUGACGACGAAGACUCCGGCGUUUCUUCUAAUGAGUCUCCGGCGAAACCAGACCUGAGAUCGAAAUCCCUGAUUCUCGUGAAGAUAUGGUGUUUGAUUCUUGUGUUCUUCGCAACAUUCGUGGGCGGGAUUUCUCCUUACUUUAUGAAGUGGAAUCAAGGUUUCCUCGUGUUAGGCACGCAGUUUGCCGGCGGAGUGUUCUUGGGGACGGCUUUGAUGCACUUCCUCAGUGAUUCCGAUGGGACCUUUAAGGAUCUCGCUCCUACUAAGGAUUACCCUUUCGCUUUCCUAUUGUCCUGCGUCGGCUAUUUGCUUACCAUGCUCGCUGAUUGCGUCAUUUCUCAUGUUUAUUCCAAACAGGGGAGCCACGGUCAUGGUGAUGUUGAGCUCCAAGGGGAGGUUCAGUCCGGGAAAAAAAACUUUAACGGCGGGGCCUCGCGGAUUCAGGUGAGACAUAGUAAAGGGAAGAAGAAGAUGGAUGAGAAUUCUUUUACUGUUCCACUCCUUUUCUUAAAAUUUCUCUGCUAUUUUUAUUGAAUUUGGAUAUAACGGGUUCAGGUAGAUAAGGCCACGGAUGCCCAAUCGGUGGUGAAAGCGCCAGAGGUUUCGGCAGCCAGCUCGGUAGGGGACAGUGUACUGUUGAUAAUGGCGUUGUGUUUCCAUUCGGUGUUCGAAGGUAUCGCCAUCGGAGUUGCAGAGACAACAGGGGAUGCCUGGAGAGCACUCUGGACUGUUACCCUUCACAAGGUGUUCGCUGCAAUUGCUAUGGGAAUAGCUCUGCUCCGGAUUAUCCCUAAUCGCCCUCUCCUUUCCUGUGCGACAUACGCCUUCGCAUUCGCGAUAUCAAGCCCAAUCGGAGUAGCCAUUGGGAUCAUAAUCGAUGCCACUACUCAGGGCGUGGUGGCCGAUUGGAUCUAUGCCAUCUCCAUGGGAUUUGCUUGCGGUGUCUUCAUCUAUGUCUCCAUUAACCAUCUUCUCUCCAAGGGUUACUCCCCUCCCACACCUGUUCCAGUGGACACGCCUCAUGCUAGGUUUUUCGCCGUACUAUUUGGUGUUGGGGUGAUUGCAGUUGUCAUGAUCUGGGAUUCGUGAACACUCCAAAUCUCUUUGCAAUCAAAUGGUUGAAACAAAUUUGUAAA